AUGCUUAUAAAAACCUCUUUUGCUAGCAAAGAAAAAAUAGUAGAAUAUAUCCCGAAAAUUGAAGAAGUAGACAACAAGUUAAAAAGUUCCGUGCUAAAAGAAAUCAAAGCCAAUACUCAUGAUUUAGGGAUACUAACUAUUAAACCUUCUUUGGAAAGUUCUGUAAAAAGUUAUGCCGGAAUACUAGAGCAUUCCUUUAUUCAAGGAGGACUUAAAUGGCAUCCAUUUCGCACAUUAAAAAUCUCUUAUAUAACCUUGGUGAAGAAAACGGACAUUCAUUUUGCACAGGGUACUAAUAAUUUAGUGACACGGACGCAAAAAAUUAAAAAUUUAGUGGAGUUGGAAAAAUUUAGCCAAUUUCUAAUUCCUCUCCUAAAACCUAACGUAUUUUUAAUUUUACAAGGCGAAUUAGGAGUUGGAAAAACUACUCUGACUCAAUUAAUCGCCAAAAAUUUGGGAAUUAGAGAAAAAGUAACUUCUCCAACUUUUAAUAUUCUCCAAAGAUAUCAGAUAAAAAAUGAUUAUUAUCUAAAUCAUUUUGAUUUUUUUCGUUUAAGCGUCAAUGAUAAUUUAGACAUUUUUCAAGAGUUGACUAUUGAUAAUUUAAAUAUUGUUGAAUGA